AGCCGUAACUUACACAUAUUUAAAUAUCAAAAAACGUGUGCGAUUUGCGCAACUUCGAACGCUCAGUCAAACCGUUAAAUGGUUCGACGUGUGACCGAAAUUGUUAUGGUUUAUGGCACGCGCCAUCGGAACUUAAAUCGUAAGGUAAAGAGUUAAUUAUAAUUAGGACAUGAAAAGUCACACGUAGAAUAUACAUUCCAUAUAAAAUUCAAGUAGCACAUAAGUUAAUAUUACUAAUACGAAUCGAACGUGUUCCUAUCAUCGUGUAUGUACAGCUUGGAAGUCGAUAGCCAGACGUUCCGGCGAUGUAGGAACGAGAAGGGGAUUGGCAAUGGCGCCGCGUGGAUUCCGCAGCCGCAGCCGCAACCGCAGCUAUGGCGCAACGUUCACUCGACGGGAAGCGAGAGAACGACAGAAACGGUUUCUCCGCAGCAGUAACGGCCAAACCGCGCUUGGAACCCGUUCCGCGUCGUAGUAGUAACAGCCGCCGACAUCAACGAAAUAACAGCAUAAAACCAGCCAGAAACGCGUCUCUCGUUACGGCUGCCAAUAUUCACUCUCAUGCCUAUGCGGAGGCCGAUGACGCCGGGAUCGAGGAGAGGAAGACCCGGUUUAACGCGAUGUUCGACACCGAAAGAUUCAUUGUUGAGAUCGAGAAGCGGCCGGCCAUUUACAACGUCAAUUGCGACGAGUACAACGACCGCAACGCCAAAAUGAACGCGUGGGAUGAAGUUUGUCAGGUGAUGGUACCUAAUUGGGAGAACCUUACGGAUGAAGAGAGAAAUGUUGAAGGUGUUUUGCUUGCCACCCUGGAAUCCGGAGCGUUUCGUAUCGAACUGCAGACGAUCGUCUCGCGAUUCUUGCUUACGGUGCUGACCUCUGCUUGCGCGGGAACUCACGAACACAUCGAUUUUCGCUUUGUACACGUCGGCACUGUCGACACUCCUCUCCUUUAUACCAUCGGAUAUGAGAAAAAUCUACGUGGAAAGUGGAGAAACAUCAGGGACUAUUUUAUGAAGGAACUGAAACUUCAGCGUUCAAAAAAGCCAGGACCCGCUGGUCGGAAACGGAAAAAAUAUAUGUAUUUUGAUCAGUUAUUAUUUCUAAUGCCCACGGUGGAAACGAAACGAAACAGUGCAGGAUAUAUAAGCCACUUCAAAUCUGAAGAAAGUGAUGGCGAAAUGGACAAUCCCGUGAUAGAAGAAUAUGAUAUACCACUAACACAUGCUGGCACCUCAAGGGAUUAUUUACAUACUGGAACUGCCUUCAAAACGCGAACGCGUUAUCCAAAACAAUUGUGCGAGGCAUCAUUAACGUCGUUCGAUACGGAAAUUCAGGAUAUGUUAUCCUCGCACAGUAGUCAACGUAUAGUCGACGAGGAGGACUAUGACAAAAUGUUUUUGUUAUCACUGUUACCAAUUUUAAGGCAAAUACCAGAUGAAAAAAAAUUAGACGUCAGGAUACAAAUGCAACAAGUGCUGGCUGCAGCACUUCAUUUGCCAAAUAGCAAUUAGGUAAUCUAAUACAGAUUUAUUGGAAGUGCAAGAAUUUUCCUGGGACGCUUGUGCAAAAUUGUAAUAAAAGUUUGACAUUAAUAUACUAGGAAUAGUAUUCUGUGCGGAGAUACUCAAUCAUUGUACGAUAAUGUUCAGCAAAUUUCUUUAACACUAGAUUUACGGAACCCGUUACUUUGAUGGAUUUCAAAUUUCAUGUUAAACCCUUAAAUUCCACACUGGGUAAACUGUAAACUCGCAUCGGCUAGUGUGGAAUUUAAAGGUGCGUGACAGAGGUGUGCAAUUCAAAAAUUAAAGUUACAGAAAUUAUAAGUAUUAUUUUUUAGAAAUUUUUGUUGACGUUGAUAAUCAACGUCCGUAAAUCUAGUGUUAAGUAUUACUAUGUUGACUUUGUCGUAGGAACUAAAACAAAGUUAAAUUUAUUUUGUAUUGUUAGAAGACUCUGAGCUAUAAAAUGUAAGAUGUUAAUCAAGACAUAUUUCAUCUUGUAUUCGAUGAAUUUCUGAAAGAUGUCUUGCUACGUUAACUUAUAAUACUCGAAAUAAUUGGAACUUCAACGAGAGCUUGCUUCUGAUUUUAUUUAAAUAUGAUUUCGUUAGAUUGGUUAGUUUCAUGACUCCUGUACCUGUAUCAGAAAGAGAGUUCUCUAAAUACAUUAAUAUAAGCAAUGAUAUUUAUUACCUAAAUUGUAAUGCGGACAAUAAUUAUGUACCCAAAUUGAGAUGCACAACAGAUCAUUUCUACUUCUAAAAAAUUGUUAAAUGAAUAUACUAUAUACGUAUGUGCAUCUAUACUUGAUACACAACGGAUACUGUUUUUAACAUUCUAA